AUGAACGGCUUGGGAGAUGUUGUCGCUCUGGCCCAAUUGACCGCUGACAUCGCGCAAAGACUUGAUGCUGCAAGGCAUGCACCCGACGAUGUGAAACGAUUGAUCGAAGAGGUUCACCGCUAUCACAGGUGCAUCGCUAGAGCUGGAAACAGCAUUCGACAAAAUGGGGCUGUUUUGAAGCCCCUCGAUGGUGUCAAAGGAGAUAUCCUGUGGUUUCUUCGACGUUGUGAACAGACGACCAAGAAGCUGCAGAAUAUCGUGUCCCGCUACGAAGAUAUUGUGAGGGGGGAUGGACCUGCUACCAAUGAGGAUGGAGCCCGGAAGCAGUGGACCAAAGCUCUUUCGACGAUGUAUCGGUCAAUUAAAUGGACAAGCAAGGCCGAAACAGUCGAUGAACUUCGGGCGGAGCUCACACAGCAUACUCAAUUCCUUACUUUCCUCAGUCAGCAAUUGUUAUCUGAGCAAAUGGCCGAGUUGUCCGAAUCCCUGCAGAUGAAGUUUGAUCAAAUACGUCGAGGCAUGUCGUCGUCCGCGUCGAGUCCAACACUCUCGCCCCUGAUUCGCCCCUAUUCUAUAUCGCCUCAAUUCGGCCCAUCGGAUCGGUCGCCGGACCCAAACACCAGACAUGCCAAUCGGGAAGCAACAGGAAGCCUGAGCACUUCUCCUCGAGAUCCUCCUGGUACCUUGCAAUCAGGCCCGACCAUGGCUCCAUUGAUGCUACCGCCACCGGCUGAUGUCGACAUCACCCGGUAUGUCUUCAGACACGACGACUCCCAGUUUAAGCUACCGAGUGAUAUUCCCAAGGCUACUCGUACUCCCGGAGAUGAAUUCCGCUAUGUCGGGCUCGCAUCUGACGACGAACAACAAGAGCUGAUCGAUGAACUUGCUACCAAAACCACGUUCCCCGAAUUUCCUAUCGAAACGGUCACAUUUGUCUUCCAGAAGACGUCGAGUUCGGAAAGGGCCACGAUACGAGCAAGCAAUGCUGGCAAGGUAAUGCUGGUCCAGAAAGGAUCAGCGGUGGAAGACAUCUGGACCUUGAAUGACGAAAAGACCAUUCGAUUCCGCCAAAGAGUGCCGACAUGGGAUAACAUUAUCCCAUACUCAACGAACGGCGAAGAAUUGACCGCCGUCGUUGAGCAAGGCUCCGGCCUGACUUUUGUUACGUUUGAGGAGGGAAGACGGUAUCAACACCCGGAGAUUCGAACAAGUUGGGUGACGUACAAGUUCAGGAAUGCUGAUGACUGCCGACGCUUCCAAGAAGCACUUUAUGGCUAUGAACUCCUUCUGCUGGUACCCGUAUUGGAAAUCUACCGACCUCGCACAGGCCGAGGGGGAGACCGAAUCACAAAUAUUCAAAACAUACGAGUCUGGAAAAGAGGUUCGGAAUCGCGGUUCAUGGUAAAACUCAUUCCCGAGCCCGGGAAGAGGCGGAAGAAAUAUUUGGAGUUUAACCUGGGUCAAGAGGGCAUCAAGGUCGAGGCCAAAGGCAAAGGGUCCGAAUCCAAACUCAUCUUUUCCGGCAUCGGGGUCUGGAUUGACGAAGAGAGUUUUUGGGAAAGGAGAGGAUCUAUGACCUCUCUUUCUUCUGCGUCGACUACAGGCUCGUCCAUUUCAUCAAUAACCCGGAGACUCUCCUUCGAGUUGAGUCCGCUUGUCGAGGAGAUUGUGGUUGUCUUUCAGGCGCAAGAGCCUGAUGGAUUAUACUUGACGUAG